UGGACAAAUAAAACCACAUGCAACGCUCAGAAACACCCAAAAGCCUUUGUGCAGAAUGCAAAGUUCGAUCAUAACACGGCAGCGGCGGUGAAACCAACGAUUACACACUACAAAUGACAACAAAUUAGGUGAAUUUUUGAAAGACCCACAAAGAAAAAAAAAAGGAGGAGAGAAAGAGAUCUCUCAUUCUCCUUCACCGCUUUCUGCCACCAAAAAUAUUUCACCAACAUUUCUAAAAAAGCUGUAAGUUCUGGGUAAAAAAACUAAACUUUUGGCUUAGUACUUUCUCUUGGCUUAGUGAAUGAUUGUUUGACGAUAAACCCAGGUUAAAUUUUUGGCUUUUCUUUGAUGGGUUUCUUUUAGUUUUGAAAUCUAUGUUAAGUAAGUAAGCAAAACUUCUGUCUUUUCUUUUGUCACUUUGUGUGAUUUUUUCUUCAUUCUUAGAGCUCAGACAAGUCCUGGGUUUUUUGGUUUUUGAAUUUCUCUCUCUUCACAUUUUCUGGGUAUAUAUGUUAACAAUCUGUUUGUUUUCAUGUGGCCCGUGUUCUUCUGCACCUUUUCUUACUCUCCAUGAGCUGUCUCCAUUUCUGAGUUCAAUACACAGAUGGCAGAAAUGCCCUUAAAUCCAUUGUAUUUCAAUUUUGCUUAGUCUCUUUCUUUCACCGGCUUCCACUUUCUAUCACAAAGUCAUUGCCUUUUUUUGCUCUAAAGACAAUUUCUAAUUUUGGGUAGUACCCAGUUGCUCACUGUAACUCAUUGUUACAUCCUCAAUUGCAAUGCUAUUAAUGGCGAAAACCGUGUUACCUGACGAGUUACUGGGUAUUCCUAUACUGGAACUGCUGUCAAUCUGCAUAAAUUUAGUGUUACUGCUUGUAUUUCUGUUAAUGUUGUCAGUGAGGCAGUUUGUUACUUGUAUUGGCCAUAUCAGGUUGAUAAAGAAUGAUUCGCAUCCGAAUUCGAUCCCAGCUCACAGGGGGUUAGAUUAUGAAGUUAGUGAAAUUGUAGUGGGAAAUUGGUACAAAGUGACUGUGCUGAGUUGCUUUUAUAUGCUGUUAGUGGAGGUAGUUUUGUUAGGAUUUGAUGGAGUAGGAGUCAUUAGGGAGGCAUCUCAUGGAAAUGUAGAGAGUUGGGUUUCUAUAUGUUGGCCUGCAGCUCAAGUUUUUGCUUGGUUUGUGAUGUGCCUUCUGACACUUCAUUGUAAAUAUAGGUCUUCAGAGAGAUUUCCUUUGUUGUUGAGGGUUUGGUGGUUUGCAUCAUUUGUCAUUUGUUUGUUGACCUUGUACUUUGAUGGUAGAGCUUUGUUGGUAGAAGGAUCAAAGAAUUUGUCUUCUCAUGUUGUGGGGAAUUUUGCUGCUACCCCGGUCCUUGGGUUCCUUUGCUUUCUAGGAAUUAGGGGUUCUAGUGGAAUACAAAUUUUAGGGAACCCUGAUCUUCAAGAGCCUUUGCUCGAAGAAGAAGCAGGGUGUUUAAGGGUUACCUCUUAUAGUGGGGCUGGGAUUUUUAGCUUGGCAACUAUCUCAUGGUUGAACUCGCUUCUUUCUCUCGGUGCCAAGAGGCCACUUGACCUGAAAGACAUUCCUCUUCUCGCUCCUAGAGACCGUUCCAAGGCUAACUACAAAAUUUUGAACUUAAAUUGGGAGAAAUUGAAGUCUGAAAGUCCAAGGAAGCAGCCUUCAUUAGCUUGGGCAAUCCUCAAGUCGUUUUGGAGGGAGGCAGCUUGGAAUGCUAUCUUUGCUGGCUUGACUACGCUAGUUUCAUAUGUUGGUCCGUACAUGGUUAGCUAUUUUGUUGAUUAUUUAGGAGGGAUAGAGACGUUUCCCCAUGAGGGAUAUAUUCUUGCUGGGAUAUUUUUUUCAGCUAAGUUGGUGGAAACAUUUGCUACUCGUCAAUGGUACAUUGGGGUUGAUAUUUUAGGCAUGCAUGUGAGGUCCGCUCUAACUGCAAUGGUGUAUAGAAAGGGGCUCAAGCUGUCUAACUCUGCCCGGCAAAGUCAUACUAGUGGAGAGAUUGUGAACUACAUGGCUGUUGAUGUCCAACGAGUGGGGGAUUAUUCUUGGUAUCUUCAUGAUAUAUGGAUGCUACCCAUGCAAAUUAUCCUUGCUUUGGCAAUUCUCUACAAGAAUGUAGGAAUUGCAUCUUUAGCAACACUAGUAGCCACGAUCGUGUCCAUUGUUGUUACGGUGCCAAUAGCAAAAUGGCAAGAAGAAUAUCAGGACAAGUUAAUGGCUGCAAAGGAUGAAAGAAUGAGGACCACCUCAGAGUCUUUAAAGAAUAUGAGGAUUUUGAAGUUGCAUGCUUGGGAGGACAAGUACAGAAACAAACUUAUGGAUAUGAGGAAUGUUGAGUUCAAGUGGCUACGGAAAGCACUAUAUUCUCAAGCUUUCAUCACAUUUAUCUUUUGGGGCUCUCCCAUAUUUGUGGCGGUAGUCACUUUUGCUACUUCCAUAUUGUUGGGUGGUGAGCUGACUGCAGGAAGUGUUCUUUCUGCUCUUGCCACUUUCAGGAUUCUCCAAGAACCACUUAGAAAUUUCCCAGAUCUGGUGUCAAUGAUGGCUCAGACAAAAGUCUCCCUUGAUCGUCUUUCUACAUAUCUCCUGGAAGAAGAACUUCAGGGCGAUGCAACCACGGUAAUACCUAGGGGAACUUCAGAAACUGCCAUUGAAAUUAAGGAUGGAAAAUUCUGCUGGGAUCCUUCUUCUACAAGACCAACUUUGUCAGGGAUUGAAACGAAAGUUGAAAAAGGGAUGCUUGUGGCUGUUUGUGGAAUUGUUGGCUCAGGCAAAUCAAGCUUUCUCUCUUGUAUUCUCGGGGAAAUACCCAAGACCUUUGGUGAAGUCAAAAUAUGUGGUUCUGCAGCUUAUGUAUCUCAAUCAGCAUGGAUACAGUCUGGAACAAUUGAAGAAAAUAUUCUUUUUGGUAGUCCUAUGGAUAAGCCAAAGUACAAGAGUGUUAUUAAUUCUUGUGCAUUGAAAAAGGAUCUAGAAAAUCUUUCACAUGGAGAUCAAACCAUCAUCGGGGACAGAGGCAUAAACCUUAGUGGUGGCCAGAAACAGAGGGUGCAGCUUGCCAGGGCCCUGUAUCAGGAUGCGGAUAUAUAUUUGCUUGAUGAUCCCUUCAGUGCUGUAGAUGCUCAGACUGCAUCUUUCUUGUACAAGGAAUUCGUUCUGACAGCUCUUGCUUCAAAGACUGUCAUUUUUGUGACACAUCAAGUUGAAUUUUUACCCGCUGCUGACUUGAUACUGGUACUUAGAGAAGGCAAAAUUGUACAGGCAGGGAGAUACGAUGAUCUUUUGCAGUCUGGCACAGAUUUUAACGCCCUAGUAUUUGCUCACCAUGAGGCAAUUGAAGCAAUGGACAUAUUUCAUCACUCAUCUGAAGAUUCGGACGAGGAAUCUAGCCCACAGAACGACUUUGAUGACAUUGAUCAUGAAAAUAGUAGCUGUAAAGGUAGUUUAGUGAAGGAAGUACAGGCUAGUAUAUCUUCUCCUGACCGAAAAGCAAUUAAAGAGAAAAAGAAGGCAAAACGAGCUAGGAAAAAGCAGCUAGUUCAAGAUGAGGAAAGAGAAAGAGGUAGAGUCAGUAUGAAGGUGUAUCUGUCAUAUAUGGCAGCAGCUUAUAAAGGAUUGCUGAUUCCGCUCAUCAUCCUUGCACAAACAUUAUUUCAAGUUUUGCAAAUAGCUAGCAGUUGGUGGAUGGCCUGGGCAAACCCACAAACAGAAGGGGACAGUCCUAAGACAAGUAGUUUGACCCUUCUUCUUGUUUACAUGGCGCUCGCAUUUGGCAGCUCUUGCUUUGUGUUUGUCAGGGCACUUUUAGUGGCAACCUUUGGGCUGGAAGCUGCUCAAAAGUUGUUUAUAAAGAUGCUUUUGUGUAUAUUUCGAGCACCUAUGUCCUUCUUUGACUCUACUCCCGCUGGACGGAUACUUAAUCGUGUUUCUGUUGAUCAAAGUGUUGUAGAUUUGGAUAUUCCUUUCAGACUUGGUGGAUUUGCUUCAACAACAAUCCAACUUCUUGGUAUAGUUGGUGUAAUGAUGAAAGUGACCUGGCAAGUGUUACUUCUUGUUGUUCCAAUGGCUAUUAUUUGCUUAUGGUUGCAGAAAUACUACAUGGCUUCAUCACGGGAAUUGGUUCGCAUAGUAAGCAUCCAGAAAUCUCCGAUCAUCCACCUAUUUGGUGAGUCAAUUGCUGGAGCUGCCACCAUAAGAGGAUUUGGCCAAGAAAAGCGGUUUAUGAAGAGGAAUCUUUAUCUUCUUGAUUGUUUUGCCCGGCCAUUUUUCUGCAGCAUUUCUGCCAUCGAGUGGCUCUGCCUGCGCAUGGAGCUGCUAUCCACAUUUGUCUUUGCUUUCUGCAUGGUUCUGCUUGUGAGCUUCCCGAAAGGAACUAUUGAUCCAAGUAUGGCAGGCCUUGCUGUGACUUAUGGCUUAAAUUUGAAUGCACGUUUGUCCCGUUGGAUACUUAGCUUUUGCAAGCUUGAAAAUAAAAUUAUUUCCAUUGAAAGGAUUAAUCAAUAUUCUGAAAUCCCAAGUGAAGCUCCACCAAUUAUUGAGAAUUGUCGUCCUCCAGCUGCAUGGCCAGAAACUGGGACUGUGGAGCUGAUAGAUCUGAAGGUGCGAUAUAAAGAGAACCUUCCUCUCGUGCUUCAUGAUCUGACUUGUACAUUUCCUGGUGGGAAGAAAAUUGGCAUUGUUGGACGCACUGGCAGUGGGAAGUCAACAAUGAUUCAAGCACUAUUUAGAAUGGUUGAACCUGUAGCUGGAAGGAUUAUUAUCGACAACAUUGACAUUAGCACAAUAGGGCUUCAUGAUCUCCGAAGUCGUUUGAGUAUCAUUCCACAAGACCCAUCCUUAUUUGAAGGAACCAUAAGGAGCAAUUUAGAUCCUCUUGAAGAACAUUCUGAUCCCGAAAUUUGGCAGGCGCUUGAUAAAUCGCAGCUUGGAGCCCUUAUUCGCAUGAGAGGCGAAAUGCUUGAUUCACCAGUUCUUGAAAAUGGAGAAAAUUGGAGUGUGGGACAACGACAACUUGUUUCUUUGGGCCGCGCUUUGCUUAAGCAGGCAAGAAUACUUGUCCUUGAUGAAGCGACUGCUUCUGUUGAUACAGCGACAGAUAAUCUUAUCCAGAAGAUAAUAAGAUCAGAGUUCUUGGACUGCACAGUUGUUACCAUAGCACAUAGAAUACCUACUGUCAUGGAUAGUGAUUUUGUGUUGGUCCUCAGUGACGGUCGAGUGGCAGAGUUUGACAGUCCUGCAAGGUUGAUGGAUAACAAGUCAUCAAUGUUUUCAAUGUUGGUGGGAGAAUAUACAUCAAGGUCAAGCGGUUUGUCUUAAUUUUUGCGAGUUCAAGCAGACUUUAGGCCAUGAUGGAACCUUCUGUUUCAGGCCACCCUGAAAGCCACUGAUCGUUGCUGCACAUAUCGAGUUGCCUCCCUCGACCAACGGACAGUUGAGAGAGGAUGUCCGAAGUCCAUGAUGCUAAAUCCCAUUCGGUUUUCAAGCACAAGAUUGAUGGAAGAUGGGUUUGAUCAGGGCUCGGUGAUAAUAACAAAUCUGAAGCAAGAGAGGCAAAUGAAGAAUAAACGAUGCAGAUUACAUGAAAUCCUCACCAAUGUCGAAGAAGAGACUGCUGGUUUGAUCCUUGUAUAUAUUCUUUUUGCAGAAAUGUAUAGAGCCUCAAAACAGUCUGUUAUUGCUGAUCCCACUUUCCCACUUCCUUAUAAACAAUCAAAUGUGAUGAUUUUGUAGAGAAUAGCUUUUCCUAAUGAUACAUUCCUUUUGUAUUAUGGUAUUUCAUCUUAUUGCUGUUUUUGCAGUUUUUGCUUUUAUUGGAUGACAAAAUUCUGAUCAA